AUAUCUCUUAUCUUCGGCGGCCUCGGUGUUUUUCAUGCUAAAACGAAAGUAGUUGUAAAUGGUUAUAUUACUUCCUCGUGUAAUUCACGUAUAAACAAGUUGGAGAAAAAUAUUACGAGAUGCACGUUAUUGUCGCGGCUAUAGAUUUUGGAACAACAUAUUCAGGCUGGGCAUUUUCAUUCCGAACUGAUUAUGAAAAAGAUCCAACAAAAGCCGAUGUUAAACAUUGGCAUUCCGGUACUGGAACUCUAGUAACAACCAAGACACCUACGUGUUUGCUGGUAAAACCAGAUGGAGUCACUUUUCAAGCGUUUGGUUAUGAAGCAGAAAAUCAAUACAUGGAAUUAGCAGAUAAAGAUGAGCACAAGAAUUACUACUAUUUUAGAAGGUUUAAAAUGCUACUUUUCGGCGCACUUGGGAAGCACCUUACGAAAAAAACCAAAGUCAUGGAUGAAAUGGGAAAGGAACUUCUGGCUGUGGAUGUGUUUGCAAUGUCUAUCAAGUUCAUGGUCGACGAUUUGAUGGUUGUUGUUAAUCAGCGCCUGACUGGGAUAAUAACGGAGACAGACAUCCACUGGGUGCUCACAGUGCCAGCGAUAUGGUCCGAUCCUGCAAAACAGUUUAUGAGACAUGCUGCAACAAAGGCUGGUAUAGCUACAGAAAGACUGACAAUAGUCCUUGAACCGGAAGCUGCCUCGUUAUAUUGCCGACAUCUUCCUGUGAAUACAACCGUUAGUGAUGGUAGUUUGACGAUAUCCGAAUUCCCGACGGGAUCAAAGUACAUGGUUCUCGAUGCUGGAGGGGGAACGAUUGAAAUCACGGUCCAUGAAGUUCAAAGUCAAUAUACCUUACGAGAAGUCAGAGCAGCAAAUGGAGGUGACUGGGGAGGAAUCAUGGUGGAUAAAGCAUUUGAAAACUUUCUCUGUGACCUGGUUGGUGAAACUGUGUUUGAUACUUUUAAACAUUUGGAAACGGUGGAUUGGCUUCAUCUUAGUCGAGAGUUUGAAUUCAAGAAACAAGCAGCUGGAACACAAUCGGAGGGAAACGUGAUAAUGCAUUUUCCGGUGUCGCUUACUGAUCUAUUUGAGACUGACAAGGAGAGAAAAAUGAGUAUCAAAGAUACAAUAGUAGCUUCAAAAUAUGGUAAAACUGUAGAGCUGAAAAGAGACAAGUUGAAAAUAUCACAUUCUACAGUAGAUAAGUUAUUUGAAGUCUCAAUACAGCAAAUAGUUAUGCACGUACAAAAAUUGAUGAACGAUGAAAGAAUGGCGGACAUCAAAGCCGUACUCAUGGUGGGCGGAUACUCAGAGUCUCCUUUAUUGCAACGUGCAAUCAAAUCAGCACUUCCAGGAAUCCAUAUUUUGAUUCCACAAGAGGCAUCAUCUGCUGUGUUGAGGGGAGCCUUGAUUUUUGGUCACAACCCUAUGACAAUAACCGAGAGGGUACUUAAAUAUACAUAUGGUAUAGAUAAGUACAAGCCAUUUGUAAAGGGAAAACAUCAAAAAAGCAAACGUAGAAUAACUGAUGUAGGUGACCGCUGUAACGACAUUUUUGACAAACUGAUUGAAAAGGGGUUGAGGGUGAAACCCGGCGAAACACAAGUUAAAAGAGAAUAUUGCACUGUGUACAAGAAACAAACCAGUAUGUGUUUUUGUAUUUUCUCUUCUGAAGAGAAAAAUCCUACAUAUGUAGAUGACAAAGGAUGCACCAAAAUCGGAACAAUCCGAAUAAAAUUUGAAGAACCAGACGAUUUACCAGGACGUAAAGUCAAUUUAACAAUGUUACUUGGUGGCACAGAAAUCAUUGUAGAAUUAGAGGAUGAAAAGACUGGAAACAAAGUAAUAAAUACAGCUGAGUUUUGGGGCUGAAUGACAAUAAGCGACAUUAGUAAAACUCAUGUUAUUGUUGAAUGACAUGUAGAUGUCAAUAUCGUCAUUAUUUCUAUGUGUACCUUAUUAUAUAUUUAAGUUUCGAAUGUAUUGAUUCACAACUUUUACAGCUUGCAUUAGAAAGUGAUUAUACGUUAGUCACGUACUAGCUUUUUAAUACAUGAUCAUGCUUCAUACAUGUAUUAGUAUACAUUAUAAAUCGUUGUAUAGAUGAUACAAAUCUUCAAGACCUUAACUUAGUUUUAGUUUGCAAAGAAACGUUUGAGUAUUAGUAUUUGCCAGUUUUCUCAGGACACUGUACCUAAAUUAUUCUUUAGUAAAACUUUUUUCAAAACUUAGGUAGUAGUUGUAACUGAAAGAAACAAAAUAGGACUUCUUAUGUUAAAUGUUUGAACUUUGGAUUUUAUAAGAAUACGUAACGAGAAAGAGAGAGAGAGAGAGAGAGAGAGAGAGAGAGAGAGAGAGAGAGAUGUGCCUUUCAGAAUAAGUGAACCUUACAUAAUGCACACAAUCGUAUGAACCUUACACGAGUAUGAAGAUACAACACAUUCUUAACUUUAACUGUUUAAAUCUUUGUUAUCUCAGUUAUACAAAAUAUUCUAUUUGUAUUUGUAUGUAGAACGGUUAUUUGAAAGCAGCAAAUCGCAGCAUUGCUGAUAAAUAUACUGAGACUGUCAAAUUAAUCAUUGAUAGUAAAUAAAACAGUGCGUUUUAAUUCAAUGACCGCAUACGAUUAAAGUAGAUUUAAAGCCAAAGAUGGAUUCAUAGGAUAAAAAGACAAGGUAAUACAUACAUUUUUCUGUUUAAAUCAAGUAUUGGUAACAAAUACUUUAAAUGAAAUAAUUUUGGUCAUCGUAGUAGUUUAAGGUGCCGGUGAUUUGUCUUACCUGUACGCAAUGUUGUCUCGUGUAAGGUUAUCAUUUUAUUCCAAAUAACGAUAUAUCGACAUUUGCAUUACAGUAUUUGUUGAAAUGUAAGAUAGAAUAAAAAUAUGCAUUGUUUAAAUGUUGCCUAAACCCAGUAUAAAAAGAUUUUCAUUUGCCUGAGUACAGAAGAAUGACAUAUUUCUAUUUCUGUUACAUAGUUGUUGCCAAGUACGAUAGAAUUACAUUUACAUUACAUAUUUACUGUUGCCCGAGUAAGAAAGUAAAAUUAAUCUGUUGCAUAAUUGUUGCUGAAUACGAUAGAAUAUCAUCUUCGUUUUAUUAUUAUUUUCCGAGUAUUCAAAGAUGUAGCUUAAUUAAACAAUACAAUUUGCGUUAGGGUGAAGCCCUGCCUUUUUUUGCUGUCUGAAUUAAAGCAAAAACUCUAGUUGUUACAUAUAUAUUUGUACUCAAAUCGAAUACAAUUGCUUUUGUCAUCUGUGUAUGAAUGUUUGAUUUCGCAUUCAGGAUAAGAUACUAAUUAGCGCUGAAGCUUUAGAAAUGCAGAGAUACAAUAUAAUGCAUACUGUAAGUAAACCAUGUAGUUUUCCUUUUUUUCAGCAAAUUGAAUAAUACGUUAUAUAUUAUAAUACCAGAUUUAUGUAUUAUGAUACCAGAUUUAUGUAUUAUGAUACCAGAUUUAUGUAUUUCAAAAAACUGCAAAUUUGCAGUUGAUAUUAUAGAGCUAAUAUUCAUUUACAGACAAAGUUUAUGUCUCAACUUUCCACUGAUAUGUUAAAAUUAUUAUUUUAUUUAAGGACGUGCACAUUCCACAUUAUUUUUGUUGUUCUUAAUUCUAAUCUUUCAUAUAUCUACAGUUAUGAUAACCACACGUAAAACAACACUUGUAUAGAUUCACAUAAUUGAAAUAAAAAGGACACAGAUAGAAAGAAAACUUUAUCUUUAUAACAAGAAUUAGUGUGGUUCGGAUCGAUGUCAAGAAUUUAUUGUCUGACAUAACUUUACUUUUAAGCACUGAACUUAAAAUUUGUUCUAACCUGAUAAGGGGAAGUAAUACGUACGCGCAAUGUUCGGUACAUAAACUUGGAGUUUCCUUCCUUAAGCUGCACGAAGCUGUAUGUAGUUUAAAGAAAAUGCAAUUAGUAUAUAUACGUGAAACGUUCAUGUGCAUGCAAAGGCUAAUUUAGACGAAACAAAUUGUGGGGCGAAGAAUAGGUGCUGUGCUUACUGAAAAGACUAUUACAUACAUUCGCAAAUAAGCAAUUUCGUGACCACGUAAGACUGAACACUCAAAUAAUCUUUAGAACUGUGUUUGAUGCUCACAGAUGUAAGGAUUGAUAAUGAUCCAAUAUGUAUGGUUUGUUAAUGUUAAUAGACGUAUGGUUUGUCAAUAUUCAUAGAUGUAUUUUUGUUAAUGUUCAUAGACGUAUGAUUUGUUAAUGUUCAUAGAUGUAUUGGUUAUUUUAAUUGUCAAACAUGUAUGGUUUAAUAGAUUGUUGGUCAACCAUGA